AACAAUUAGAAGCAAUUAGUUAAUUAGAAGAGGAAAAUGAAAAGCUCAUCACUUUCAUCCAAGUGCUCAAACUAAUAAGAUGAACAAGAAUAAGAAACAACCAAAUCAUUUGAAGGCCCAAGGAAAAAGCGAACAGAUGAAAAUUUGAUUAGCCAAUUACUACAAUUAACUACCAACAAUCAAAGUCGAACGUGUUUUAAUCUAAUUGUGUUAGAACUUCAAGUGAAAAUUAAAAAGAAUCAACAAUUAAAAAGUCUAUUUGAAAUUCAUCAUUUCAAUUCAUCGCCAUCAUGAUUGCAAGUUAUUCUCAAGCUAUUCCUUUACCUGUUCACAUCAAACAUGAGAACUAAUUGAAUUCUCUUCGAUUAUUUUUCUUUUUCUUUUUUCUCUUUCUCAUCUUUCAUUCUUUUUUCCUCCUUCUAAUAUAUUGUGAUAUUCUUCCUAUCAUAUUCACCUGAUCUUCUCUCUCCUAAUCUUCAAUCAUUUUUUUGGUUCUUUUUCCUUUCUGUCUACUCCUUUGAUAAAUAUUCAAUAUUUUCUACCUGAUUCAGCUUCUCCAUCAUCAUCAUUGCCUAUCUUCUUAUUAUUCUCUGACUGCCUGAGAUUAUAUGAGCUUUUUUUCCCUCUGUUUAUGGAAAUUGCAACAAAUCAGCCAAUAAGGAAUCAAGAAUCGAAAAAGGAAUCAUUGAUUUCUCAAUUCAAGCCUAAAAGUGCCGAGAUAAUCUCCUCCUCCCCCUGAUUGGACAUUCAUUUUUUUUUGCUGCUUCUCUCUCUCACUCAAUCACUAUCUCUCUGUGAAUUUCUAUUGUAUUUCUGAUCAACAUUAAUCAAUUUGCGCCAAUCUAUUUUGGUUUACAUUGUUUCCUUUCACCCAUCAAUCUACAAAUUGGAAGGCUUUUUCUACCACAUAGCAACAGCAACAACAACACUUUCCAUCGUCCUAACAAUUUAAACAACAAGAAGCAACUACAAGAAGUGAGAUAAUCUUUCUAAAAACCCAACAUUCGAUUACAAUUGUGGCUGAUAGUCAAUCUUUAACUGUGAUUUACUUGCACUAUUUAAAAGUGUCAUUAAAUAAUUUCUCUUUUCUAUUCAAAGAAAAAGAGAGAAAGAGAGAGAGUCAGUGUCGUGUUGAAAUGUAACACAUAAAAAAAGAAAGAGAGAGAAAGAAAGAUCAACACAAAGAACCUAACUCAUCAAUUCUGUAAUCAAUUUUUGAACAAACAUUUUCCUGUUUAAUCCUGUCUGCUUUUUAUAUUAAUCCUCCAUCUUGAAAAUCAUUUCAUUCAACAUUUACAUUUAUCCAGCCAUCAUAAAGAGGUCUUAUUGAGAUUGAAUCUAUGGCAAAAUCAGUGGUUCGUGGUGAUAGGAAUAAGAUUCAGCGACAACAACUACAACAACAUGAACCAAUAAUCACUAACAAAUUAACUCUCUGUCAACAAUUACCAUUAUUUAACUUAAGUUUACCUUUCCAAUCCAAUCAAUUACUGGCUACCAGUGACUUGCCAAGUUCAUCACCAUUAAUUAGUGCUUAUCAAGCUGAUCAAAUUUUCUCAACGAUCAUAUUGAAUACUAAUUAUCUAAGCAAUACCACCGAUAAAAUUUCAAUUAAUACGACAAUUAAUUACCAUCAUCAACUACUGGACAUUAACUUUAUACGUAUCAUUUACGUUUCAUCAAGAUUUCUAUUUAAUUGUGAUACAUUGUAUCCAAGAUUCUUAUUGUUUAAAGUUUCUAACUCAUUACUAACACGAUUAGUAUUGAAAUUAUUAUGGAAAAUUCAGUUGACGGUGAUACUGAUUGUAGUGAGAAAUGUCCAACUGAUCGAUGUCUUUUAUUGGAUAAACGUGAUAAACAGGCGACAAUUAAUGUACCUGAUGAUGAAGGAGAUGAUGGUGAUGAUGAAGAUGAUGAUGAGGAUGAAAAUGAAAAUGAAAGGAUUAUCAUUGGAAAAUCGAUUAACCAGCAAAAAGAAAGCCGAUCUGUUGUUAUUAUCCCAAACACCAACGGUGAAUUAUAUUCACUUUCAACAACAAACGGAAAUCAUGAUAACCUUACGGUUAAUCAUCAUAAUGAGAUUGAUAACAAAUCGGAACACAAUCAACAUCAACAGGGCAAUAAUCAAAUCAACAGCCUCGAUCAAAUGAACCCAAGUGAAUCGCACAAUCAUUCAGAGAAUGAUCUAAGUGACCUUGUUGCCAAAUCGAAAAGGUUCCCUCGAUUAAAUAAAGAAAAGAAAAUAAGUGACCAAGAUGAAGUUAUUAACAAUAACGAUUCAACCGUUAAUCGUGAUGCUUUGAAUUCAAUGGUAAACUCAUCAUCUUCAUCGCCUAAAUCAUUAGAAACAUGUUUACACCCAAACGGAAUCGUAACUAAUAAUCUAAUCAACAAUAUCCAUCCUCAUACACUCAACAUCAAUAUUAGUAAUCCUGGUAAUCACUUUUACUGUCCAAAUAACAAUAAUUAUCACAAUUAUGGUGCUUGUAAUGGUAAAAGUUUAAAUUCAUCCAAAUGUGUCCGUCGAUUAAUUUCAUCCGAUUCUGGUGGAUCAAAUAAAUCAUCAAGUAAAAGUGGCCGUAAAAGUAGAAGCGGUGGUCCACCACAAUCACCUCCCGAUGGUGGUUGGGGUUGGGUUGUUGUUUUCGCUUCGUUCAUGAUUAGUUUAAUCGCCGAUGGUGUUUCACUUUCAUAUGGUUUCUUUCAAAUGGACCUUUCAGAACAUUUCGGCCAAAGUAAAGGUAAAACUGCCCUGGUUGGAUCACUUUUACUUUCUAUGCCUGCCCUAACCGGGCCAAUCGCUUCAGCUUUAACCGACCGUUAUGGUUGCCGAUCCAUGACCAUUGUUAGUGGCCUUUUAUCUGCGUCUGGUUUCAUUUUGGGCUCAUUUGCACGUAGUCUUGAACAUCUUUUCAUUGCAUUCAGUAUAACCGGUAUUGGCCUAUCACUUUCUUACGUAACAUCAAUCGUUAUCGUAGCCUAUUAUUUUAAUACCAAGCGUUCAUUUGCCACUGGCCUUGCAGUUUGUGGUACAGGUAUUGGUACCUUUCUAUUUGCCCCAUUGACCACUUAUCUUCUUAAAGAAUUUUCUUGGCGAGGAACACUUCUCAUAAUGUCCGGUUUCUUUCUUAACAUAAUUGUUUUUGGUGCCUUGAUGAGAGACAUUAAUGUUUCCGAAGUUGAUUCAAUUAGUGGUCAAGAAUCUGAUUCAGAUGAAGACAGUGUCAUUGAACCUUUAGGUCGUACUUGUAAUAAUACCAUUGGAUGUUCUUGUGGUUUUCAACAGAACAAUUUAAAAAGCGGUUGUGGUGCUAAUAAUUUAAUUUUAAAUGGAUCUCAAUGUUCAACAAUCGAUGUAAAUAAUAGGAACAGUUUUCCUCUUAAUCAAACAUCAUCACCGAAUACAGAAAAAUUUCAUCUUUCUAACAGAUUAUCAGAACAUCAUUACGAUAAAUUAACAUCAAAUAAUAAUAAUAAUGCACCAACCAAAAGUAGUAGUUCAUCAAGUAAACCACUUUCAUCUAUUUGUAUCAAUUCUCAUUGUUCCAGCUCAAUUUUACCUAAUGAUGAGCAAUUAUCUAAUUAUGAGGCUCAUUGUAAGGUAACCAAACUCUUCCACGAACCUGAUCAUCAUAAUCAAUGUAAUCACCAUCAAGUUUAUGCUCAUAAUCAUCAUCAUCAUCAAUGUAAUCAUCAUUUAACAAAUAAUCGUCGUUUCCAACGAUUUCAAUCAUCAUACUCAUCAACCAAACCCAAAAGUGAUCUAAAAAAUUACUCUUCUCUUGUUAACAUUCCUACCUAUAUAACAACGGACAGUUCGGUAUCGAAAGAUGUUCUAGAUGAAAUUUCUGGACGUAAAGAUGGUAACCUUAAUCAACUAUUACAAAAGUAUCCCGAUUUAUUAUCAAACUUAAUCAGUCGAGAUCAAGAAAAGUCACUUUUCCUUUCCUCUGGUGUUAUUGGUCAAAAUGAUUGUAUUGGUAAAGAUCAAGUUAAAGGUCAACCCAUCCCGAUUCCUGAAACAACAACAACAACAACAACAAGCUUCAUCUCUAAGCAUAACAAGAAUGACCAUUCAACGGUCAAUAGUUAUAAAGUAAAUGAUUCGAGUGAAUCAAGGCCACGACGAUUUAGAGGAGUUGGUGGUGACCCUGAAUCGGGAUUAAGUGUACCAACCCGUAAUACUGUGAUUAAUGUUAAUCGGUUGAAAGUUGGAACCGGAAACAAUUUAAUUGGUGGUGUUAAUAUUGGAGGAGGAACUGGAAAAGAUGGGUUUGGAUCUAAAUUACAGCGAGCAAGUUUAACUUAUCGAACUGCCGUUUUUCGUGAUGUACGACGUUAUCGAUUACGUUCAUCUAGUGCCCCUGAUAUUUAUACCAAUUCAAUGGUAACCAUAGCAGAGCGAGAAUCUUUUCUGCAAGAUAUUAAACAAGUGAUCGUUGAUUCGGUUGAUCUUUCGAUAUUUAAGAAUGUUAGAUUUGCGAUCUUUUGUUUCUCCAAUUUACUUCUUCACGGAUGCAUCGACGUGCCCUAUGUCUAUCUACCGGAUCAUGCGAUUUCCUCGGGUAUUUGUGUCAAAGAAAUGGCCUUUUAUUUAAUCUCAGUUCUUGGGAUUGCCAAUACUCUUGGAACAAUCAUCGUUGGAUAUAUCGGUGAUAAACCCUGGUUAAGGCCUUCAACAUGGUAUUCUGGAUUAACUGCUCUCGGGGGCAUUUCAAUGGCGCUAAUCCCAAUGGCUCGCAAUUAUUAUCUUCUUGCCGUGUUAGCCGCUUUCUAUGGGUUCUCUGUGAGCGCCAAUUACACCUUGGUAUCGGUUAUUUUGGUGGAGAUAAUUUCACUUGAUAAGUUCACCAAUGCCUAUGGUUUAAUGUUACUGGUUCAAGGAAUCGGGACAAUGUUGGGACCUCCAAUUGCUGGUUGGUUAUUUGAUAUCUCUGGUGAUUAUGAUACAACUUUCUAUGUGAUUGGUUUGUGCGUCUUAGCCAGUGGAAUUAUCGUUUUCCCUUUGAAUGAAUCUCUAUCUCUUGCUUCUUCUUCAUCAUCUGCAACAUCCUCAUCAUCCUCAUCCUCGAGUAAAGGUUCAUCAAUGACCGAAUCGCCAAGUCGAACCUCUAGUCCUGUGGAAGAUAAAAUAACAGUUCUAAGCUCAAAUAAGACACUUUUUGACAAGGAACCAUUGCCUUGAUCUAUCAUGUCUUUUUUCAUCUCAUGUUCCUCUCUUCCUUUGUCUCUCUUAUUGCCUUCACCUUUCAAGCUAAACAAAUCCUUCGCUUUUUUCAUAAUUCAUUAAUAUUCAUAAACUAUUAUUAUUACUAAUAACACCCAUUCAACUGAUUGGUAAUAAUCAGCUAUUCAAACGAAAGAGUUAACAAAAUUAACUUACAAUUUUGAGAAACUCGAUUAACUAUGAUUACGAUGAAAUUAUUAUUGUAACACCCAAUCGACAUUUCUGUUCACAUCUUCUUAAUCAUCCUCUUCAUUCAUAUUAUUGUAAUUCAAUUACUUAAACUACCAAUCUGAAUGGAAGGUCAAAAAAAAAAUUCUUGACACCAAGUAAACUGAAUAAAAAGUUUUCACUUUAAA